AUGUACGAAGAAGCGUUGGAAGAUAAAACCGUGUCUCCCAUAUGUAAACGUCUCUCUAUAUAUAUGUCCAUCAGCAUUGCGAACCUGUCCGCAAACCGUCCGUCGACAGUCGACGGAGGGUCUCACGAAAAACAAAUUAAGGUUUAUGCAGCGCCCGAACUAACAGAGCGAUCCAAUUGGGUUGCAGGAGGCAACUGCCCCGAGGGCUGUGCGGACGCCUGCAUUUUCGUUUCUUUUUCGGUGGUUUUGCGUCUGUUUUCACGGUUCUUCCGGCAGCGCCCCGCGGCACCGCGCGUCGGAAAAGGCGGCGGUGGCGGCGUAAACGACGCGAACGCGCGCGGGAGCCGUUCGCGAAGGGCGGUUUCUCGCUCGUUUAGGGUCCCGUGCUGUCUUGCCCAACGACACAGAACUGUCCUUUUCCGAGAAGAGACAGCGUUUUGGAAAAGUUUUCCGAGUCAGGAUGAGCCUCAGGAUGAGCCUCAGGAUGAGGAUGCCGAUGGUGCGGAACACCGAGAGGCACAGAGAGACAGAUGGCGGCGGUGA